AUGAAGCCUGCUCUUAUUGGCCUUGGCAGUAUGGUUCUGCUGGCUUCGGCCGCUCCAGUUCCUUCUGGCUCGCCCUCAUCUCUCGGCCCAGCCAACGAUGGACUGGCUCUGGAAAAGAGAGCUGAGCUCGACCCCGCCAGCCUAGAAACCCUUACUGGCGAUGCGCUUGAGAAGCGAGCCGCCAACAGAAGGAUGAACAUACCUAACCACGUCGGCACUGCGAUACAGAACCUCGGCGCCGUUAUUGUCAAAGCCAUCGUUGAUGCCGCUGGCGACCUUAUCUUUCAAAUCACCAAUAAUGGUGCAGGCCCUGCGAAGGUGUCACUUCGCGAAGUUGGCAUGGGGCUGGACGCUGCAAAUUUGAACAUUGCUGCUCAUCACACUAUCAACUAUGAUCCACUUGGCGCAAUCAACCCAGGCGAUUCGAUUUCAAUCAACUUUCAGAACUAA